AUGUCUGGUGGUGGGGGGGUUGGUCCAAGCAGUGAACAAGAAGAACAACUCCAAAAAACCACCAAAUCCAAAAUCCAGCAAAUCCCUCAGCCACGCACCAGAAGCAGCGUCCGCAGGUUCUUCAGCUUCCGCCAGCUGAACAUGCUCACCAUCGCCGUCUUUCUCUCCGCCACCGGCAUGGUGAGCCUCGAGGACUUUGGCUUCGUCGUCUUCUCUUUCAUCUACAUGUACUUCUUAUCAAAAUUCUCAUUCCCAAUUCUCUCUUCUUCCCUGGAGGAACCCCCAGUCUUCGGCCAAAACAACAAGGUUCUUGGGAUCUACGUAUCCAUGGCAGCCAUCAUCGGACUCUUCAUUCCCAUAGCAUACAUCUUUCAAGGCAUCUUCGAAGGUGAUAAAGAGGGUAUCAAAGCAGCAGCUCCACAUGUUUUCCUGUUAGCCAGUCAAGUGUUCAUGGAAGGAGUGGCUUUCUCGGGCCGGUUUUCUUUGCCGGUUCGGGUUUUCGUGCCGGUUUUUUACAAUUCGAGGAGGAUUUUUAGUAUUGUCGAGUGGCUGAGAGCUGAGAUUUCAAAGGUGGAUAAUGAUGAACAAGGGUACAGUGGGAGUAGGAGGUGGAGGUUGUAUAUUGGAAGAGGUCUUGCCAUUGUUAAUAUGGGUUUGUGGAGCUUCAAUCUGUUUGGGUUUUUGUUGCCUGUCUAUCUUCCCAAAGCUUUUAAGAAGUACUAUUCUGCUUACAAGGUUAACAAAAACUAA